AUCUUCCUACAGCAUUAUCAUUGGUCCAAGGAGCUUAGAUGUGUAAUUUCCUUGCGUUAACAAACAAAACAGGAGAACUAAGAGAUCUGUGGCAAAGUACCUGGAAAUGGCGUGGGUUACGACGAGAAUUAUUUUUAGUCCAAUUCUACGACAGACAGUCAAGAAAGUUCUAUUUGCAGCAGAAGCACGUCAGUUGCAUUGCCAAGUCAGUGUCAAGAAACUUUUCUUACCAUCAGCACAGUUUACUAGGUCAUAUGCUGAGAAGAAAGUAUUUACACGUGACAAACCACAUUGUAAUGUGGGAACUAUUGGACAUGUUGAUCAUGGAAAAACUACACUAACAGCAGCUAUUACAAAAGUCCUCGCUGACAAGAAAUUGGCUCAAGCGAAAGGUUAUGCAGAAAUAGAUAAUGCCCCAGAAGAACGUGCGCGUGGUAUCACCAUCAAUGUUGCACAUAUUGAAUACCAGACUGACAGUCGCCAUUAUAGUCAUACAGAUUGUCCUGGUCAUGCUGACUAUAUCAAGAACAUGAUCACAGGUACAGCGCAGAUGGAUGGAGCAAUACUGGUAGUUGCUGCAACUGAUGGAGCCAUGCCACAGACAAGGGAGCACCUUCUUUUAGCAAAGCAGAUUGGUGUAAAUCACAUAGUGGUCUUUAUAAAUAAGGUUGAUGCUGCAGACAAGGAGAUGGUAGAAUUAGUUGAAAUGGAAAUGAGAGAGCUCUUGACUGAAAUGGGAUAUGAUGGUGAUAACAUACCAGUGAUAAAGGGUUCUGCCCUCUGUGCACUUGAGGGCAGAAAUCCUGAAAUGGGUGCCGAGCCAAUUUUGCAGCUUCUGGAUGAAAUUGAUAAGCACAUACCUACACCCGUAAGAGAACUGGAUAAACCAUUCAUGCUUCCGGUGGAAAAUGUUUACUCUAUACCUGGCCGUGGCACUGUAGUCACAGGACGGUUAGAAAGAGGAACUCUCAAGAAAGGCGCUGAUGUAGAAUUCAUAGGCCACAACAAAAGUGUCAAAACUACUGUUACUGGCAUUGAAAUGUUUCAUCAAAUACUGGAAGAAGCUCAAGCUGGAGACAAUCUUGGUGCAUUGGUAAGAGGUGUGAAGAGGGAUGAACUUCGCCGUGGGAUGAUAAUGUGUAAACCUGGUACUAUGAAAGCUGAGGAUCAUGUGGAAGCUCAGGUUUACAUUCUGAGUAAAGAGGAAGGAGGAAGACAUAAGCCAUUUAUGUCGUAUAUUCAACUGCAGAUGUUCUCAAAAACAUGGGACAUUGCAUCACAAAUUGUAAUACCUGAAAAGGAAAUGGUAAUGCCAGGAGAGGACGCAAAGUUGGAGUUGAAAAUGUUCAGGCCAAUGGCACUAGAACAAGGGCAGAGGUUCACACUCAGAGAUGGAACUGCGACACUGGGAACAGGUGUUAUCACAAAAGUACUGAGUCGGCUUUCAGAAAAAGAAAGGAUGGCAUUAACAGGAGGAAAGAAGGCACGUGAUAAGCUUGCAGAAGAAAGCAAAUAAAUAACACAGACAUUAAUAAAAUUAAUGUAGAUUCAAAAUAGACUGAUUCUGCUGAAACAUACAGUCUACAGUGGCCAUUGUACAUAUGAAUUACUACGUAAUUCUCCAGUCACUGUAAAAUGUUCCAGAAAGAAUUGCAAAAGACAGUGAAUGUUCUGAACAGUGCAUAUAUAUUGUGAAUUGUUUUGUGUUUUACCUGUUGCUUCUAUUGUGAAUUGUUCACGAAUCAUAGUUGUGUACUGACGGUUUUUUACAUGUAAUGUUUGUCUAAAGUGCAUUAGCAUCUCUGAUUCUGAGCUACACAUUAAGAUGAUAUGAGCCUGGGAAAUUCGAAGUCUUGUGAGGAAUGGUUUAGCUACCAUUUCUUUCAUGUAUUCUGUUAACCUAUCACAUCAGGAAAAACUUCAGAAUUUUGUGUUUUCAACUAAAACAGUUGAUGUGUUAGCUACACAUUAAUGACGACAAACUUUCAUCUCUGAAUAACAUGCAUUAUUGUGAAAAUACGUUUUUUUGAUCAAGUAAUGUGAACUCAUAAUAUUAUUCUUAUAAUGAAAUUUAUUACUUUCUGUGGUAGUUAUUGCACUUAAAUUUAAGUUGUCACAGUAAAUGGACCUUGUUUCACCUUUUCCAAGUCUAUAAAUGUUACAACUGGCAUGUGUACUGUUUGACAGAGUAUAUAAAAAUUUCCACUUUAUUAUUAAUAA